UCCGCCCCGCCCGCCCCUGCGCCCCGAGCUCGCCCCUGCUCCCCUCGCCAGCACGAGCGCCGACUCCGCCUGCGGUCCCCCGCCCGCCGCGGCUGCCGGCUGCCGGGAGUCCCGGGGUGUCGUGCGCUUGGGCUCCAGACUUGGGUAGCUCGGCGAGGCCGUGGACCUGCGUCUGCCCCGCGAGCAGUAUCUUUGGCUUUGUGAGGCCCCAGACCGGACACCGGUCUCCUCCAGAAUGAAGGUCUUCCUGCCCAUGCUGCUGGCUGCCCUCCUGAGUGUGGAGCAAGCCCACUCCCUGGUGUGCUUCUCGUGCACCAACCAGAACAGUAACUUCUACUGCCUGAAGCCGACCGUCUGCGCGGACUCCGACAGCUACUGCGUCACGGUGUCCGCCUCUGCCGGACUCGGGAAACUGGUGGACUUCGGCCACACCCUGAACAAGGGCUGCUCCCCGAUCUGCCCCAGCCCCAGCAUCAACCUGGGCGUGGCAUCCGUCGGCACCUAUUGCUGCCAGAGCUUCCUAUGCAACCUCAGCACCGCUGGCCGGGGAUUGCGGGCCAGCGGCGCAGUGCUGGGCCUCGGGCUCCUGCUCAGCCUGCUGUCUGCCCUGCAGCGGCUCGGGCCCUGACCGCUGGGGCCCGGCAGCUGGCCCAGACUCCCCCAGCUCAGGAAGGAAGGCCCGCGCCCCCCCUCCCCCUGCCCCGCCAGCCCCCGAAACCAUGUGGAAGCCUCUUCCUCUGACUCUUCACCCUGCUCGAUCCCAGCGCUCUCCGCCGUCGGUGCCCACGGUCAGGCCUGCCCCUUGCGCCCCCAUCUCCCCUCCGAGGCGGCCCCUGACCUCACUUCUUGGGCGGGGAUGUGACCUCCUCAGGUUGGAAGGGCUGAGGGCCCGGAGUCAGAACUGAGUCCUGGGGACACCCUGGGAGGGGCACGUGCGCCCCAGGCUCUGCUCCGUCUGUACCCAGGUGGGGUGGGAGAUGUGCUUUGUGCCGCUGCGUCCCAGGGGGACCAGCGUGCUGUUGUCAGAGGGGAGUGCAUCCUCUCAGCUGUGUGGACGGGUGUGUGCGUGCGUGCGCCCCCGUGCAUGCAUGCAGUGUGCGGCCCUGUCAAAGCCGGGCCGUGACGGGGGUGCGAAGACCCGAGUCCGACGUUAGCGGUGGCUGAGCCACCCGAGCCCCAACAACAAAGCUGCUUCUCUCUCGCCUUUCUGCGUCCCACGUUCACCCACUUUAACGGUGGCCUUUUGGAAGAAGAUGGGCUUCCAGUGCGUCUGGGUUUAGGCCGCUGGACCCAGGAAUCAGCCCCCGCCCCCCAGCUGCGGCACCACCCCCCCUCCACCCCCACAUUGGAGUCGGCCUGCUGCUUUGGUGCCUCAAAUAAACACAUGUUCUCCAC